AGUUUGUUUUCUUUAUAAAUAUUCGUCAUUGAAUUGAAAUAAACGACUGUUCGUGUUCGCAGUUCGCAUAGUAAAAAGUGCAUGGAUUUGGAGAUAUUUCGCUUCGCCGCAAGAGCCUAGGCAGGGCAGCCACAAAAACAGCUGACUAAACUGGACGCUUUUGGUAAAGCUUGGUGAUCUUACCACCGUUGUUCAUCUGAUAAUGAGCCUCGUUCAACGUGUAGAACAGCACUCUAAAGUUAUCUGUGGACCGUUUUCCAGCAUUAUUGUAAAAUAUGACUGCUCCACAGCUUCCACCAGAGAUAUGGGACAGGAUAUUCGACUAUCUACCGUUUCAGCAACAACUGGAAAAGGCUGUAGUGUGUCGUGCGUGGAACGCUCGAAUCGUUUGGAAAGCAAGCUUGGUAUUAUCGUGUCCAAGUCACUACGUACAAAACCAUAUCGAUGCUAUAAGACACUCGCUUAGAAACUACCGAAGUUUUAUGGUGCAUAUGCUGAAAUCGGAUGAAGAUUAUACACGUAUUCAGCUAGCAAUUCAGGAAUGCAAAGAAAAAUUUGCUAUUCAAAAAUUAUUCCUUUACUACACUUCAAGCAAGGCCGUGCAACGCUUGGUUGACGAACAUUUUGAAUGGAUAAGCACAGUGCAAUGUCUACACCUUCAGCUAUGUGACGAUGAAUCUUUUCCUGCUGAGACUCUGAGCAAAUUAGUGAAGUUGCGAGAAUUGAGGUUGCUCAAUAUUACCGAUACCAAUGCCAACUGGACUAUGCUAUGGAAUCAACUAAGCUUGAUUCGAAGCGUAACAUUGGAUGCAGCGUGGCACUAUAACGACGCAGCCCUGAGAAAUUUGGUGGAUGCAGUUUCCGAGUGUAGCAAUCUAACUGAACUGACGUUGCGAUCCAAUGGAUCCAAUGAUACGACCGCAGAACUAUCCUCAAUCACCAAAAAACUAACAAAUCUUAAAAAACUAUCAUUAGUCCGGUUAACUAUUCGCAUUAACGAUGUAGUUUUGCAGCUACCUGAACUAACGUACUUAAAUCUCGGCAUUAGUUGGUUUGUGUUCGACAAACCUUGUCUUACUAUCAAUGCACCAAAGCUGCAAUUCUUACGGGUAUCGAAAAAUAAUAUACCCUUUGUUAAAUUUGCAGAAGGCACAAAUAUAACACAAAUGGAGCUGUAUGGUCACAGUAUGUCUUGGGCACAUUCAAGCUUUUCCACUGUGAAAAGGCUUCAAUUGACGAUUCAAGAACCGGCCAAUCAGGAGGUGAUCGAGGAUGAAAUCAAACUCUUUCCCAUUGUAGACAGUCUAGUAAUAAAACUUUUAUCGAAAGAAUGCACGAUGCUUGCUCCAGCUGGCAACCGAUUGUUGCAUUUGAAGAAGCUGCAUUUAAACAACUUUGUGUUGCAUAUGAUUUUUUUCGAGGAGAUUGCACAAAUGAAAUUAUUACAGAGUUUAACGAUCGAAGAAUGCAACUUCUUUCUUGAACGCGAUGUUGCCCAGGUUGAUCUGUCACAUUUGUGCUGUUUCCGGGUGAAGCGUGUUUCAUUGCCGAUGUUCGUUGAACGGUUUCCUAUCAUCGCAGAAGGUCAACCGCCUGUCGUGCUGGUUGAUCGGUUACGAACGCAUCUCUGGCGAAACGACCAUUUCAAUGUGUUUAGCUCCAAGUGGUAAUA